CUUAGGCUAAACUCUACAACCAUCCUGGGAUCUUGGGAACGAGACGCGGAAGUGCCCCUGCGUGUGUGUACUGUCCUGUCGAGUCUGUUCUUGUCCCCGUCUACUAUCCUACCAUGUCUCGUCUAGCGUGGGCCGGUCUUGUGGUCGUGUUGGCUGCUGUGGGGACCGGGGUCUACUGGAGCUACGAUGGCUUCGAUCCAGAGACAAUACGCGGUGCAACAGUUGUCAUCACGGGCUGCAGUACCGGCAUCGGCGAAGAGAUGGCGUACCAGUACGCCCGGCUGGGAGCAAAGAUCCUCAUCACAGCCAGGAGGGAGAACAGGCUGAAGGAGGUCGUGGCGAAGGCUAUGUCCCUGGGAGCCCAGGAGGCGCACUACGUGGCCGGGGACAUGGGGAAGGCGGAGGACUGUGAGAGAACCAUUCAAACAGCCAAAGAGAAAUUCGGACGUCUUGACUACUUAGUCCUUAACCACGACGGGUCAAGUGUCAAGAAUAUUCACGAGUUCUUCGGGACAAAGUCUUGGGAUGAGGACCCUGAUAUGGACUUCUUCGUGGACUACUUGAACAUCAACGUUGUUGGUUACGUGCGGCUGGCCUCGCUGGCCCUGCCUCUGCUGAAGGAGAGUAAAGGACACCUCAUUGUCGUCAAUGCUCUUAAUGGUCGUUGCCCUAUGUACACUGCAUAUUAG